AUGUCCCUCGAAACCUCCACGGAGGACGACGUCCGCGGUUCGGAGGCAACAUCAUCCUGCUUCCUCUCAAUACAAGGCACGCCGGUGAAAGAGCUAGUUUCCCAUGUUCUAAAGACGUCGUGCCAUGGGUACUGCGACCCAGGGUUAUUGUCCGACUCCCAACUGAAUGCACGUCACCGCUUCGUGUUGCUGUAUCUCGAAACUCCAAACGUGGUGGAUGAGAAUCAUCAGAUCUUCUUACAGCAGUUCAUGGAAAGCCUGGACAAGUUUUUCUUCGAGGGGAAUCUGACACAAAGUCCGAUACGCCCGCCGGUGGCCCUAGUGGUUCAUGACGAGCCAUGUGACUUCUGGCAAUUACUGGGUCAGUACCAGACGGGAAAAAUUGAGAUGUGGCCGCAUUUUCGACUCAAGUACACCCCUCCGGGAAUUCGUUGGUCCUUUGAUCUCGGGAGCUUGCUCUCCACCCUCAUACACGAGAUGGUACAUGCGUACACACUCAUCUUCUCCGAUCCUGAAAGCACCAGCUGGAUAGAGCUAUAUUACGAAGGGGGCCAUGGUUACGCAUUCCACAACAUGCUCGACUGCAUUAGCGCCACAAUCACGAACUGGCAUCCACUGCUGGCAAUUCCUGACCUCAAAUAUACCGAGUAUCGAAUAUCGAGCCAGGUUCUACAUGCGACCCAGCUUGUGCAUUUAGCAAAGCCAGACGAUGACUCGGCGGCCUAUUCUUCCUCGAAACCUGAGCAGGAGUGGCGUGGGAUUCCAUCUUUCGAGACCUCUGGGAGAAAGAAGUAUACUUUCGGUACGCGGGGAGCAGCAGUGCUUGAAGUAUUGAAGUCGAGAAAGCCUCGCUUCAUCAGCGUUUUGAAAGAACUUGUACUCGGACGAGGUGAUAGUAGAUCAAGGUUUCGAUCGACGGGCUCCGCGGUGGACGUGGCUUCUUUGCGCAUCAAGGAAGAACAGGUCUUGGUACGAGAUGCCGUACCAGCACUUGCCGUUCGCGAUAGCCGGCGCGCGCGGCUUGCAGGACCGCACCCCAGGGAAGCGGCCGCCCGGCUAGAGGCUGGCGACGACGUUGCGCUACAUGCUCAGGAGCUGCCCUCUAGAGCUGGCGUGAUCGAAGACUCAGUUUGCCAUCGUGUGGCCGUACUCGGGCAGCGGGAGGUGGCCGAGCGGUUUGGAGACGCUGGGGGUGUACCAGCGGUUGGUGCCGUCGUGGUUGAGCGACACCUCGACCCCUUGGCCGGCUCUUCGCAAUUCCCGGAGAUAGGUCUACAACGUUAA